AUUGAAUCGGUCGUGCUGCGGAAAUCGAGUCCGGUGUUUUCGCGAGUUAAUUUUGUGGUGCGUUCCCUGAAUUUCGUUUACUAUCUUGGCGUGCGGUGAGACGGCAGCUAAUGUGGAGAUUUUUGAGCAUUUUAUCUGAUCGAUAAAUCCGUUUUUUGGGCCUAAUUUCGGUCGAAAAUACUUGGAUAAUCAUAAUGGCUGACCAAAAUUACGGUGCAUCGGCCCUCAGAAUUUCGCUAUUUCGUUGAUUUCGAAUGGUGUGUUGACGGAGGAUUCUCCCUUCCGUUCGUCUUUCGCGGUACUCAUUGCGCAUGGUAGUGUUCGUGUGUUUCGGCGUUCUGCCUUUUCUCGACUUUUCGAAUAUUGCGCGCCCUCUUUCGCGGCCAGAACGUAAACAAACGGUUGUUGAUAAUUUUUUUCGUAAUACUUUUCUCAAGUGUUUCCGUCGUAAAAUUGCGUGAAUAAAAUAUUCGAUUCAAUCAAUUUUGUUUCUGGACUAAUUGCCAUCACAGUUUGGUAAGGUUACAUGUUGGUGGGUCCCCUUUUGUAACAAAAUACUUUUUCAGACGGCAUCCAUAACGGAAGUUGUAGCCAUAUUUUUAAUGACGAAGAUAGUUCCAGUGAUGUGUGAAAAUUUGUGUGAAGGUCAAAAACUUGAAAACUUAUUUUAAAGAUUGCAUGCAGUGGCGCACACGUUUUGAAGUUCCGGAAUAAUUUCGUGCUAAUGUGAGAAAAAUUGAAUAAAAGAUAACCACCAAAUUUGCCACCAUCAUGGAUUUCAAACAACAAAACAAUACACCACCACAAUAUCCACGAAGUAAUUCUCGUCUAAAACACCAUUCCUCGACGGCAUCCAGCGUAUCGACGGUUUCCUCUGCUGCCGGGAACAGCUAUAGUGCCCCGCAUAAAAAAGUCUCGCUUAGGAGGAGAUGUCGCAGUGAAAGCCUACCCAUGGCUCCCCUCGGGAUGUGCGGCGGAGGAGAAACCUUGUGCAAAAGUGUAGGGAAAUCGCGGUUUUCGGAAAAUCACUACCACCACCAUCAUCAUCAUCACCAUCACCAUCAACAUGGCGGUCAAAGGACUCAUGGGCACAGUUCCCCGAAACCGAAGGAAUCCGAAACACCUUCCCUGUUGGUUGAAUCGUUUAGCCUGCAAGGCAAUGGGCAUCAUCGUCAGCGAAUGACCCUUCCGGUAAUCACCAGCAACGAACUGCUUCCAAACAUUACCAUCAACAGUGCGAAGGAAAAUGUUCAACAAAAUGGACACUACGGUGGAAACCGUUUCGAGGGUACUCUCCAGGUAAAGGAGAUUCACUUAAACGACCCCGAAGUUGGUCGGAGAAACGGAUAUUACCUGCCGGGAGACCGGUUAUUAGAGUCAAGAUUCGCUCGGAAUCUGGAGAGUACUUUCUGCCCUAAAAGCACAAUCUUUGAUCGUGGUAACCGAAAACUGCGAGCACGUAGCGAGUCGGAACCCCACGAGAUCUACCACAGCGCUCCUAUGUUGGCUGACAGCGCUUUGUGUAGCGGGAGAAAUUCAGGUGUCACGUGGACUCCUAGAGAACCGGCACGGGACGUAUCUCUGAAGCGAACCCGUGACACAAUAUCGCCUAUGUUGGAAGCAGAUGAAACCGUAGAAAUUACCGCGACACCAUUGCAGACGAAAGAUUCGCCUCCAUCGAAAAUUCUUAACGCAGCCGAGGCAGCCAUUCUCGAUGAAGCGGUAAGCCGAGUGCACCAGCGUAUCAAACCUUCCAAAUCAUCCAGUAGUAUAAACGGGUCGGGACGUGCCACGAAAACAGUGCGCACUCGGUCGGGAGUAGCCGUAAACAAAUACAAGUCCUGCCUUAAGACAGCUUCUGCAAUCGUUGCAUCCGGAGGAGCACAUAACGGUCAUUUUGUUGGGCGCAAAUCUGUUUCUCCACCACUACUCAAACCGCUUAUCGGUUCAACCUCGCCUACGCCAUCCGGAGUAUCAACCGGUACUAGUGGAGGAGAAUCGGUGCACACACAGGAUCUCGAUACGGAAACUAUUGGGCAUUCCGAUAUUGGAGACGAGGAUGAUCUGGAGGAUGAGUGUGACGAAGAGGACGAUGAUCUAGACGAUGAGUUAGCAGAAGACGAUGAAGUUUUGAAUGGGUCCAUAACGGACUCUGAAGAUAACUAUCAGACACACUUGGCUGCUUAUCAGGCAAGAACAAAGUCCCACUCAGCUUCUCCUUCGCCUAUGUUAGGCAAAGAAGGUCCAGUGACCGCAAUUGGGUGUGUCGUUGGAGGCAGUCCCAAUGAAGGGCCUCUGGCGCCAAGUUUGUUUCCGAAUGUGCCACCCUAUAUUACCUUUUCGACACACGAAGAAAAGGGUCCUCCAGUUCCCCCUGCCAUGCAUAAAGUGCUUAAAUGGAAAAUGACACUGAUAACACCGAUCGUGGUUCGAAAAGUUCUCAUAAAUAGUGGAUUCAGACUGUUAAAGAAAACAAACGACUGGAUAGGUAUUUGGGGUAAACAUAUGAAGAGUCCGUGUUUCAAAACCUUACGUCCUUACCAGAAGUUCAAUCACCUGCCUGGAAGUUUUCAGAUCGGUCGCAAAGAUCGCGUCUGGCGGAAUUUGCAGAUACUGAUGAACCGUCACGGCAAGAAGGAAUUUGGUUUCAUGCCGCGCACCUACAUCAUACCUCAGGAUCUGAAAUUGCUGCGUCAGAUGUGGCCGAGGUACAGCCAACGUAACGCUAAGUGGAUUAUCAAACCACCGGCUUCGGCCCGUGGAACCGGUAUCAAAGUGGUCAACAGGUGGUCCCAAAUACCGAAACGGAAACCGCUCAUCGUACAGCGCUACGUAGAUAGACCGUUGCUGAUCAACGGAAGCAAGUUCGAUCUGCGGUUGUACGUACUGGUGACCUCGAUCAAUCCGCUAAGGGUUUAUAUGCACACCGACGGGCUGGCGCGGUUUGCCUCGGUCAAGUACAGCGAAAAAUCUGACACCCUGUGCGACCGAUACAUGCAUUUAACCAACUACAGUAUUAACAAGCUGUCAAACAACUACAGCGCCAACGAAGACGCUGACGCUUGCCAGGGUCACAAAUGGACCAUUAAAUCGCUGCUUUCGUACUUUGCCGAACAAGGAAUUAACACCGAGCGGCUGUGGGGUGCGCUUAGAAAUUUAGUACUGCGAACGGUAUUGGCCGGCGAGGGACCCAUUCAUGCGAUGUCGAAAUUGAACGUCGGCUGCCGUUAUAAUUGUUACGAAUUAUUCGGUAUCGACGUUUUACUCGAUUCGGAACUGGUUCCCUGGCUACUGGAGGUAAACAUUUCACCAUCGCUGCACUCCGCAUCAACACUGGAUGCACACGUCAAGGGUCCGCUUGUCAAGGCUUUGCUCAAUACGGUUAUGUACCAGGUACCACCAAGGAUACCACAAACAGAACAAAAAGAAAUACUAGCAGAACAGGGCCUUACUGGUCCGCUGUGCUUCGAUAAACGGAUAUAUGUUACUGCCCUUUCGAAAGCGGAGAGACUGAAGCACAAUCAUUUUAUCCAGAAAGAUUUGUUACGAGAUGAGUAUUUGAAUUCAAUCCUGGAUGAAUUGACCCCGGAUGAUGUACGCUGUUUAUUGCUCACCGAAGAUGAGCUAGCCCGAAGUGCCCCCCUGGAACGCAUCCUCCCAGCCCCCAAUAGCCACCGGUUUGUUGCCUUUACCGAGCAUCCUCGGUAUUACAAUAGAUUACUGGAUGCUUGGGAAUAUCACUACAGUCACAACCGAACGGAAGGAAUUUCGUUACUACAGUCACUGUGUGCCCAGAAAGUUCACCUCCAAGUUCCGCCAAGUACGCUGAAGAAGGACUCCAGCAAUAACAAGCAACUCGAGCAGAGUAGCGCAAACAGCGAAAAUGGAUCGCAGGACAGCGGUAUACAGUCGGACCCAAUCAACGGUUCCGAUCUACACUCGCAGGAAUCCAUCGGAUCGAAUUUUCAAUCGCAGGAAUCCUUAAACAAACUUGAUUCGGAAACCGCCAUCGUCGACGCCGAUAGAGAUAUGAUAGAAGAAGAGCUAGCUGCCACGACGCUGCAACUCAACCAUGGCGACAGCCAGACGAGCUCUAACGCGUCGAUUAAAGAAACCUCAGUCAGUAAUAACGAUAAAAAAGACGAGGAGGAAGACAUUCGACUGGGUGAUAAAAUAAAACAAAUCUUGGACGACGCGCUACUGCUAAAGCAGCAGCAAUGUGGCGAAAAUACCGAAAACGCCAUUAUAAUACACCAGUAAAAUAUGUAGUGUCCGCAUCGGCGAGCAAUUGCCCUGGCGGUUUCUAUUGGUCUUUAGUAACAAUUCAGCACUUCAACCUUUUGCGCAAUAGAAGGAUACAACCCCUCAACACCUCUCCUACUUUAGUCGUGGUCACCGUUUCCGUGGUUAAUUUUCUAUUUAUGGUUAAAGAGCUAAAAACAUUGAUAGUGUAUAGCGGGUUUGUGUUUUAUAAGACUGAUCCGAUGUGUUCUCUGACAUGAUGUGGAAAACUGUAACAAAACUAGCUCGAGCAGUCGCAUAACACUGUGCCCCGUUAAUAGAUGCUAUUAAAAACUACAAUUCAAAAACCCGAGACCGGUAAUAUGGCACCAAUAGAAAUAUCCCAGUUUUAUCCUUAUUUCAAAAUUUCAGCAGUUAGACAAGGCAAUAUAAAUAUGAAGUUAGUUGAAAUUUUGUGUGAAAAACACAUUUGAAAAUAUUCACGGAAACGUGAUAGUAACGAGGAAUCAUGGAAAACUCGAAUGUUCCAAUAGCUUCGUUUUAAUUCUCUAUCAAUCGGAACAACGUAGAGGGGAAGCCAAUAGACGAAAAACCGAUAGAGUUUUUCGAGUUUUUUUUUUUCAAUUAUCAAUCUAUGUGAAAAAAGUGUUAAAAAGAGUUAUGAAACGACGGAGUAGAUACACGCGAGAACAAACAAACAAAAAUCUAGAUUGUAGCAGUAGUUUUAAGAGAAGUGUCGAAUUGAAGAAAAAAAAAUGAAAAAGGCAACAAAGCUUAUAGGCAUGUAACUGAAUUAAAAAGUCGUUUAGAAGAUUUGA